UUACUAUUAAUAUUACCACUAUUUUUUUUUCUCUCUCUCUCUCUCCUUAUUAUGUUUGAUGGUUACACCCCGCUCGAAUUGUCCAUAUCAUUAAAAAAGUCAAACUCACCACAUAUAGGGGCCUAAGCAAGAAGGAAAAAAAGUGGAGCGAGUGAGUGUUCUCAUGCUGCUGCACUAAAUGGGCUGCACCCGCGGAGUGGAGCGCCGCUGCCUGACAGGAACCGUCAGCGCUCCGUAUAUGGUCAAAACCCCGCCCCCGUCAGCGUCACGUUCUGACAGCGCCUCUCCCGUGGGUUUAGAGUUUUGGCUCCCGGGAAAGAUUUCAGUCCUCGGGGAAAGAGGGCUUAGUUUUGCAUGUUCCCAUCCAUCCUGCACGACGCGAAAGGGGCCCCCUUAUCCACCUCUCCUGUGUACGAGGAACACCUCCACUGGUGAUCAGCCUUUGCCUUCGUGUGUUUGUCUUGCGGAGAAGCAGCAGCAGCAGCAGCAGCAGCACCUCCACCACCACCACCAGCAGCAGCAGCAGCAGCAGCAACAGCAGCACCUUUUUCCAGGAGUGGGGCUUGCUUUUUUUUUUUUUUUAAUUCAACGAGAAGUCCUGAAGGUUUUGGAUGCGGGCGCUUCAGGGAUGUGGGCACUUUGAGAGCAGCAGCAUCACCCACAAACACAAACAACUGCCAUCGAUUUUUCUCUGAAUAGCACAGAAAGACAAGAAACAAAAAAAGAAAAGAAACAGAGGAACAAUAGCAAGACAAAAAAAAUCUCGUCUAUUGAACAAUUCACUUUUGCAGUUUGUGGAUACCGCUCUAACUAAGUACAGCACUUUGAGAAUUGCUCACAUCGGACGGACUGAAGAGGGAGGCAAGACCUGUGGACCGGGUUUUUUCCCCUCGCAAGUCUUAUCCCGCGAAGAUAAAACCCUGAAGGAUAACACGCUUGGACGUUUAUUUCCCCUAAUUUCACAGGAGGCUCUUCUCUCUCUUUUUUCCCCCCUUCUUCUUCUUCUUCUUCUUCUUUUCACGCAAAUUGUCCUAAAUGUUUGGGAUUCAGGAAACUAUACCGCGGGGUGGGACGACGAUGAAGGAGGAACCGCUGGGUGGACUGAACUCGGUCCGCUCCUGGAUGCACACAGCUGGGGUGGUGGAUGCAAACACAGCCGCCCAAAGCGGUGUCGGCUUGGCACGGGCACAUUAUGAAAAGCAGCCCCCUUCCAACCUCAGAAAAUCCAAUUUUUUCCAUUUCGUCCUGGCGCUGUAUGACAGACAGGGUCAACCCGUGGAGAUCGAAAGAACAGCUUUUGUUGACUUUGUGGAGAAAGAAAAAGAACCAACCAGUGAAAAAACUAACAAUGGAAUACAUUACAAACUACAGUUAUUGUACAGCAACGGCGUCAGAACAGAACAGGAUCUUUACAUACGACUAAUCGAUUCCAUGACGAAGCAGGCCAUAGUUUAUGAGGGUCAGGACAAGAAUCCAGAAAUGUGCAGAGUUCUUCUCACUCAUGAAAUCAUGUGCAGCCGAUGCUGCGAUAAGAAAAGCUGUGGAAACAGGAACGAGACCCCGUCAGACCCCGUCAUCAUUGACAGAUUCUUCCUAAAGUUCUUUCUCAAGUGCAAUCAGAACUGUCUGAAAAAUGCAGGGAAUCCACGAGACAUGCGCAGAUUCCAGGUUGUCGUAUCGACGACCGUCAACGUGGACGGCCAUGUCUUGGCCGUUUCCGACAACAUGUUCGUACACAACAAUUCCAAGCAUGGGCGAAGGGCUCGCAGACUCGACCCUUCAGAAGCAGCCACCCCAUGCAUCAAGGCUAUCAGCCCCAGUGAGGGAUGGACCACUGGAGGAGCCACCGUCAUCAUCAUCGGGGACAACUUUUUCGAUGGUCUUCAAGUCGUGUUUGGCACUAUGCUUGUAUGGAGUGAGCUGAUAACUCCCCACGCCAUCCGUGUUCAGACUCCCCCUCGGCACAUCCCCGGCGUUGUGGAAGUCACGCUGUCCUACAAGUCCAAGCAGUUCUGCAAAGGUGCCCCUGGGAGAUUUGUCUACACUGCCCUCAAUGAGCCCACCAUCGACUACGGUUUCCAGAGGCUGCAGAAGGUCAUCCCCAGACACCCUGGCGAUCCUGAGAGAUUACCAAAGGAGGUGUUACUGAAGAGGGCGGCUGAUCUCGUCGAAGCCCUGUACGGGAUGCCCCACAAUAAUCAGGAGAUCAUUCUGAAGAGGGCAGCUGACAUCGCAGAAGCCCUAUACAGCGUUCCCCGCAACCACAACCAGAUUCCCUCUCUCGCCAACACAGCCUCCCACGGCAUGAUGGGAGUCAACUCCUUCAGCAGCCAGCUAGCAGUCAACGUGUCAGAGUCACAAGGGAAUGACCAAGUUGGCUACAGCCGGAACACCAGCAGCGUGUCCCCCAGGGGCUACAUCUCCAGCAGCACCCCACAGCAGUCGAGCUACAACACAGUCAGCAACAGCAUGAACGGCUACGGCAAUGCCGGCAUGAACCUGGGCGUGCCAAGCUCCCCGGGGUUCCUCAACGGAUCCUCUGCCAACUCCCCAUAUGGAAUUAAACAAAAGAGCGCCUUCGCCCCUGUGGUCCGACCCCAGGCCUCCCCACCCCCCUCCUGCACCAGCGCCAACGGCAACGGACUGCAAGGUGAGCCCCCCUCACCCCCUCAUCCCUUCCCUACGGACUACUGGUCAGAUACCGCUGCUCAGGCCUCUGUCCGGUUUGCCAUGUCCGGCCUGGUUGUCCCUCCAAUGUAAAUGCACUUUUGUCAUCUCGAGCACCAGUCGACACACUACCACUUCACAGGACACUCCCCUUUGUCCCCGUACCCCUCUUCUUUCCAAGCACACUG